AUCUCCAAGUCACCUUCGACAAACGAUGCCAUCCAUCAAGUGAAGACACUAGUCCACUCGCCAAAGGCAACAGAGAAUACGCCUUCUGCGUAUAAAAGAAUGAACAGCUGGAGCUUAGAGACGUCGACCCAUUCGGCUCCGCCAUAGCUGAUGAUCAUGACCUUGUUGCAGAAGAUGGGGUAUGGUGGAUGUUGGAGGGUUCUAGUUCUUGGUGUUGUGCUAUGGUGGAGUGUAAUUAUAUCGUCAGCUGGUUCGGUUGGGUCACAUUCGUUGGGCUCGAGGACCAGGCAUUUCAAGUUCCAAGUGGAGUACAUGUACUGGUCUCCGGAUUGCGUGGACGGCUUGGUCAUCGGAAUCAAUGGCCGGUUUCCUGGGCCGACCAUCCGUGUCCGCGCCGGAGACACCGUCAGUGUUGAAGUUACCAACAAGCUUGACACUGAAGGCGUGGUCAUUCACUGGCAUGGAAUCAGACAGUUGGGAACGCCAUGGGCUGAUGGAACUGCAUCCAUCUCACAAUGUGCCAUUAAUCCAGGAGAAAGCUUCGUCUACAGGUUCAACGCUGAUAAGGCGGGAACGUACAUGUAUCAUGGACACUACGGGAUGCAGAGAUCAGGAGGGUUGUACGGAUCGCUAAUAGUGGAGACGGAGGAGGAGGAGGAGGAGGAGGAGGAGAAGGAGCCGUUCCACUACGACGGCGAGUUUAAUCUGUUGCUCAGUGAUUGGUGGCACCAAACCCCACACGAGCAACAGGUCGGCCUCUCCUCCAACCCAUUCCGCUGGGUUGGUGAGCCUCAGGCUUUGUUGAUAAACGGAAGAGGGCAGUAUAAUUGUUCUCUGGCGGCCAAGUUUAGCAAUUCGUCGGCGGCUCAGUGCAAGUUUACAGGGAGGGAACAGUGCGCACCCUAUAUCUUACGCGUGCUCCCAAACAAAACCUAUCGGCUCAGGGUGUCCAGCGUUACCGCUCUCGCAUCGCUCAACUUGGCAAUUGGGGGCCACAAGAUGACGGUGGUGGAAGCCGAUGGCAACUAUGUGCAGCCAUUCACGACGGAUGACAUGGACAUUUAUUCCGGCGAGAGCUACUCGGUGCUCUUCACCACCGAUCAGGACCCUUCAACCAACUACUGGGUUUCAAUCGGAGUAAGGGGGAGGCUGCCAAAGACGCCACCGGCCCUAACCAUAUUGCAUUACGCCACAACUUCCAUAUCCAAUCUUCCGCCACUACCGCCACCUGUUCCUCCCCUCUGGAACAACCACACCCACAGCAAGCUCUUCUCCAACAAGGUUCAAGCCCUUGCCGGCUCGCCCUCGCCUCCCGCAACCUCCCACCGCAGAAUUCUGCUGCUCAACACCCAAAAUUACAUCAACGGCUACAUCCGAUGGGCUCUCAACAAUGUCUCCCUGCUCUUGCCGGAAACUCCCUACUUGGGUUCGAUCAGAUACCGCCUCACCAAGGCCUUCGAAAAGAGAGCUCCGCCGGAGAAUUUCCCCAGCGAGUACGACAUCACGAUGCCGGCCAAGAACCAGAACUCGAGUUACGGAAACGGAGUUUACACGCUGAGAUCCAACAGCACAGUGGACGUGAUCCUCCAGAACGCCAACGCGUUGGCGGCGAACACCAGCGAGCUCCACCCCUGGCACUUGCACGGCCAUUAUUUCUGGGUUUUGGGUUAUGGGGAGGGGAAGUUCAGAGAGGAGGAUGAGAAGGGUUUCAACUUGAAGAAUCCGCCAUUGAAGAACACGGUGGUGGUGUUCCCUUACGGGUGGACGGCGCUAAGGUUCGUGGCAGAUAAUCCAGGGGUCUGGGCGUUCCAUUGCCACAUAGAGCCCCAUCUGCAUAUGGGCAUGGGUGUGGUGUUUGCAGAAGGCGUGCGGCGCCUGGGUAAGAUUCCGAAGCAGGGUCUUGGAUGUGGAUUGACAGGCAAGAUGCUUAUGGAUAAUGAUAACAAUCGUGAUUGAUAGAAGAAUUGAGGCGCCUCUUCAUGCCUUAAUUUAUUUUUCUUAUUAUUUUGCAUUUAAUAGUUAUUAAUUAUUGUAAGAACAAAAAAAAACUCAAAAAUACAAGGGUUCCUUGUAGAGUAAAUUAUAAUUUGGUGAAAUUGCAAAAAAACCUCUAACUUUUAAGAAACAUCAAUAAUCACUCUUGUUGUUAAACAAAA